CACUUAUGUGGUUUUGUGACUCUUACGUGAUCGCGUAUGAUCGUGUAGUGGGUUCUCUGAUAAGUUCUUCUGAUAAAUUUUUGUCGGUUAUCGCUUGUGCGUAAUUUGAUUGUAUCCUUAAACCAGUAUGAAUCCAAACUAACGCAAUUUACGUGUCCUUGUUUAAUAAUUUCACGCGAUAAGUGGUUAGUAGCUAUUGGACGUGAAAGAGGGUUAUAGGAAACCGUAGGAAUUAAAUUGAUCGUACUGCCUGUAUGUAUGGUUGAUUCAGUGUUUCACAGGCCAAGGCUGUGCAUUUUUAUGAUCUUGUUCUCUCUCUAGAACAGCUUGUGCACCUUGAAACGAUGGUUAAGCGUUAUGAGCACAGUAAAAUCUUCCAAUUCGAUUGGAAUCAAGUGGCCCUAGCAUUUUGGCACAGAUAUCCCAAUCCUCAUAGCGUUCAUGUCCUUUCAGAGGAUAUUAUAUCAAGGGAAGUCAGAGAUGGAGUUCUAUAUACCAAAAGGCUGGUAACAAAGAAAGUCUCCUGGUUACCCAAGUGGGGAGAGAGAUUGGCUGGAAAAAAUGCAAUUACCAAAGUUGUUGAGGAGAGUGCGGUGGAUCCUCAUACCAAGAUCAUGACCACAUAUACGAGAAAUUUGAGCAGCGCAAAACUAAUAACCAUUGUGGAAAAGGUUGCUUAUAGAGUGUGCGAAGACAAUCCUAAUUGGACCAUAGCAAACAGAUCGGCGUGGAUUGACAGUAAAAUGUUUGGUGGUGGAUCUCUACAGGCAUAUGGAUUAGAAUUAUUGUCGAAGGGUUUUAAACGGAUGUUUGAUGGUUUUGAGUAUGUGUUGGUUAAUAUGUUUCCGCACACGGCACAGCACAUGAACCCAACUGUUUCUCAAAUGGGUAUCGUUCAUCGACAUGACGAUGGAGCUGCGAAUAAAUCUAGUCUGGCGGGAGAUUUACAACAUUCGUUGCAAGGCAAAGCAGAGAAGGUGAAGGACGUUGCGAAGAAGGCAACGGAUUUAGCGAAGAAGAAGGCUGGACCGUUUUACGCUGCGUAUCAACCGCAACAGUCAUAAAUGAGACGCGCCGGCCAAGUACGGCGCGAUAUGAGAAACGACUAAAACUACUUAUCUUGUUGUUAAGUUGCAUAGGAAAUUGUAAAUCGCUAAGAGAUAACCAGAGACGCGCGUUAGUUUUCCGACAGUUUCGAAUGCUAGAACGUUCCUUCCAGAGACAGGACAUUGGAAACCAGAGAAUAGUUUAAAUAUGCGUCCAAAUGUUAUUUCUUUUCCCAAGUUCGAACACUAACUAGAAGCGUCAUUUGUUCUUGCACAAGAAUCGUAAAAUGUUGUCGCGCGAACUACUCUGUCACGAUAAUGUAUAAUGCACAUUACGCUACACUAUCAUUCCUUUCAACUACCAAUCCGUGGUUUAAUCGUUUAGUUCUCUGUGUCAUAUAUGUAUAUCUUCGUAGUAAGCGUUUUCAAACACAAAAUCAUAUUUUUUACAAUAACGGAACGAAAAUGUUUGAAUGCGGCGCUGUUACGGUACUAUUAUUGCGACGAUACGUUCAAAGGAGGAACGUAUUUUAGAUUUUGAUGUACGCGUAGUCUUAGAUUCGUCCGAAUAAACCAGAAAAUGUGAUUCUCGUGAAACGAGUACGAUUGGGUUCGGUCUGGUUAUGGGUGUCAUAUGGUUAUAAUAAGGUACGCAUUUCGUGCAUCUCGUAUCUUGCGAUCGGCGCGACAAUCCGUCGCAUUUCUCACGUUUUGCCCGAUUUCUCGUGACGCAUCGUGCAUAUUUAUUUGGUACAAUGGAAUUGGUGUACUAACGACGAUCAGAAAAUUUUAUUUCGGUGCGCAUUCAUAGUCAAUUUUGCUUCACGCGUGCAAUUAUUACUUUCGCGUAGAUCCAAAUAUAGUAUGUAGUCUGUGCUAUUCCUGUGUUUGUACGGUAGAAAUGUAUACAAACCACGAGCCAGAAACUACAUAGGAAAUCAAGGAAUUAAUAAAAACUCACACGUCUAUUUUUAGCCAGUAUUGUCCGUCAACGAUGCGAGAAUCGCUCGAUAUCAGCGAAGGGAUUCACUAAAACUAUAUAAAAUGUAAUUAAUUACAUGUAUGUAGUUCCAAAAGA